UACAUUCAAACUUUAUCACUGCCGGGAAAGAUGGACUGUUUGAACCUUAAUCUAGUAUCUUUUAUCUAGAUUUGAUCUAUACAUAAUAGACUAGUAGAUCUAGACUCAUUACCAAUAUAUUUAUGGGUAGAUUUCUGACUUAAUGUCCAAUGGCGCAAUAAAAUAGCUGGUUUUUUUUCUUCAAAUAUUUUGGUUUAGAAGAUUUUAUAUUGGUGAGACUUUAGUGUUGAUUUUGAGAAUGACAAAACUGAUGAUGGAAUAUUCUGUCAAUAAACAACAAGAUACACCUUCCUCAAACAUCUGCAAUGGUCAUAGCAAAAAUGAAGAUAAUACCAGUAUGUCAACAAACUUACAGUCUCCAUCGCGAAAGCGGGCGUAUACUUAUGUUAACCAAGAUGUUCAUGAAGCUACCUCUCAAAGACCCACAAAUGUCUCAUUUGAAGACUGGACUACAGAUGAUGUUAUAUCUGAACUAAAGUCAAAAAAUUUUACAGAAGAAAUUUGUAGUAUUUUUGAGAGGAAUGGUGUGUGUGGAAAAGACUUAAGAGAUUUGACGGUGGCAAGACUGUGGAAAUUUGGUAUUACUGAUGCUGGUAUCUGUCGACGUAUCCAUAAUCUUUUAGAAGAUGUCGGGGUGUUAACUAAAACAGACAGUGUAUCAAAGGUGUUUCAUGACCCCAUACAUGGGCACAUUGAGCUUCACCCCGUUUGUUUAGCAGUGAUUGACACCCCACAGUUCCAGAGGCUCAGAUUCAUUAAACAACUUGGCAUGUGUUACUUUGUCUACCCUGGUGCUGCUCACAACAGAUUUGAACAUUCUAUUGGUGUUUGUCAUCUUGCUGGCCAAUUUGCCCUUAUUCUGCAACAAAAUCAGCCAUUUCUUGGAAUAACAGAGAAAGAUGUUUUCUGUGUGGAAUUAGCUGGGCUAUGUCAUGAUCUUGGUCAUGGUCCAUUUUCUCACUUGUUUGAUGGUAAAUUUAUGCCUGCUGCUAAUCCAGAGAAGAAAUUUAAACAUGAACGAGCUUCUAUUGAUAUGUUUGAUUUCCUGAUUAAAGAAAAUGGUUUAAUGGAAAAGGAUGGAAAACUAAGGAAAUAUGGAUUAGAUGAAACUGAUAUUUUAUUUAUUAAAGAGUUGAUUUAUGGGCCUUUGGAUGGAAAAGAAUUAAAAGGCAGAGAAAUGUGUAAACGCUUUUUAUAUGAGAUAGUUUCUAAUAAACGAAACAGCAUUGAUGUAGACAAGUGGGAUUAUUUUGCUAGAGACUGUCAUCAUUUGGGCAUCAAGAACAACUUUGAUCACAUGCGGUUUAUGAAGUUUGCUAGAGCUAUUCAAGUUGAUGGUGAUUGGCAGAUCUGUAUUAGAGACAAGGAGAUAGCUAGCUUGUACAACAUGUUUUACACUAGGUACACAUUACACAAGAUAGCAUACCAGCACAGAGUUAACUGUGCUAUUGAGACAAUGGUGACUGCAGCUUUAAUAAAAGCUAAUGAUUAUAUCAAGUUCAGUAAGAAAGAUAAGAGCACAUGCAAGAUGUCUGAGUGUGUGGAUGAUAUGUUUGCAUACACAGAGCUCACAGAUAAUGUGCUCUUUAAAAUACUCUAUUCUGAUGACCCUGACUCACAUUCAUCUGAGAUGUGUGAUGCUAAAAAUAUCAUCCAGCGGAUAUUCAAUAGAGAUCUCUACUCUUGUGUGUGUGAGAGCAAACCUAUUGGAUCAGAAAAUUUGAAACAAAAUACAGAUGAGAUCAGAUCUGAGAUACUAAAGAAAGCACAUUCUCUAGGCCACACAAGUCUUUCUGUAGAUGAUCUCAUUGUUCAGAUUGCUUACCUGGACUUUGGUAUGCAAGAUCAGAAUCCAGUUGAGAAGCUUUUGGUGUAUUCAAAAGAUAGGCCUGAUGAAGCUAGACAUUUACCUAAUAGUGAGGCUAGUAGAAUCUUAGGUCCCAUUAAGUUUUCUGAGCUACUGGUGCGUGUCUACAGCUGUAACAAAUCAAAUAACGAACAAAUUCAUGAUGCUGCACGUCUGUGGUGUGAGGAGAUGCAUAUGAAAACUACAGAUGAGGAGAGCCUUGUACUACAGACUCCGGGUAAAAAAGAAGCUAUUGAGAGCCCAAUGCACACUCCUGUCACUGCUAGCAAGCAAAGGGCAAGCUACUCUGGUUUUUCAACUGACAAAAAGAGAGUUCCUUUUCCUAAAUUAAAUGACAACAAUGAAUGAAAGCUGCAUGCAGUUUGUGUUUUUGAUACCAUGCUUUUACUACACUUUGUAGCAUUAACAAGUGAAGAGUGAUUCUGAAUUAUCUAUGAGUGAUACUUUAAUUUGUUGGAUUAUUAGUGUUUUACAGCUGCUAAUAUAUGCUAAGCAUGCAUAAUAUUCAUCACUUUUCUGUAGUUUUUAAAUGUUGCAUACAUAUAUCCUCAUUUUUGAAGAUCAGCAAUAUAAAUCCAUUAUUUGCUUUGUUGCUAUUUCCUUCAUCUAAACGUUUACGCUUAGGAUCAGCAUCCACACUAUUUAUAUGUUGGUGUACAUUUGUUGAGAACUGCUCAAUAAUUUUCUUGUUUAUCUGAAUUCCCUCUUAACUUACAUUUUGACAUUGUUAUUAAGCCAUUCUCAGUUUUCAAUUGUGAUACGAGAUUUUAACAAUGGCACACUGAUGUCUCAUCUCACUAACACCACUGAGAAAAAUGCAGGGGAAAAUGUUUUGAUUGUUGUACCUCCUCUUUUGGGUAAAGCCAUAUUUUUCGUUUCUAUACCUGGUUUAUUUAUUCAAGGCUUGUGCUUUUUUAACCUUAUUUUUGCAUGCAAUAUAUUACUGCAUAGUUAAUUUAUUUGUAUUUGUUUUAGUUCUAAAUGGCUUUGUUUUAAUUUUGCUGAAUUUUUUUAACUUGCUCCUGUUACGGCAUUUACUAUAUAAUGUCUCAUGACAUUUCUGACACUAAUUUGUUUUCAAAGCGUGUGAUAUUCUUACAUAUGGUAUAAGAAGUGAAAUAUAUCUAAGUACAAAGAGGGUUAAAUCUUUAUAAGUUAUUUAUCAAUCAAGAACUCAAAGGUUAAUAUGAAAAGCAGACAGCUUCAAAUGUUUGUAUUCUUAAAUGGCAUUAUACUUUCUUGGUAAAUAAUAUAUAUUUAAUUUCUUAUUUUAUCAAGCUGAUAUUCUAAUUGUUUAGUGAGGUACAUUUUAUAGAAUUAGUGAUGGUGGGAUUGUAUAUAAUUUUUAUAGUUCACCAUAUCAAGAUAUAAUUGCUUCCUACAGUAUAAUUUUGUAAAUGAGGUUUAGCAUUCACAGAGAUUAAAUUCAUUACUAGUUUUUCACCAGAAUAGUUUUUACUUCCAUUUGUUUCAUCAUCAAUAAUCUCCUCUAAUUGUGCCUACUGCUGAAAAACAGUUGUACAAGAAACAAUACAUUGUGUUGUGAAUGUGUGCUUAUAUUUUAUCAUUAAAAUGCUUAUUUGAGUAGAAUCCCUUUGUAGACCAUGAUGAUCUCAUAUCAGGAAAAUUUUUCAAGUAUGUCUUAUUUUAAGUUUUAUCAUUUUCUGCAUGUCUUGAUAGUAUAAACAUGGAAUCAUCGUAAGUAAAAGUGGCAUUGGUCAGAACCAGAAAGUUUGUUAUAAUUUGAUGUAUUGAGGAAUACAACUAGUCCUGUGAUUUGUGGAAACACAGUGAAAACUAUUUUACCUAACAAUGUUUAGGACAGUGGCAAACCAUUUGAUAAAAUGUGUUUACUGAUGACUCAACUGUUAAUGUUCCUACUUGAUAAUUUUGCUUGAACAGUUCUUGGAUUUGUCAUUUCAGAUAUUACAAAUAUUGAUUUUUAAUAAUCUUAAAACGUUAGUUAAUCUAAGUUUUAUAGAACUGUAAAACUACUGUUUGUGUACUAAACAUAUCCAUAGGUGUUACAAGAGUGAACAUA